GCCAGAAUGACCUUAACUAAUCUGACCUAAUUGAUCCUUGUAACAAGCCCCUCUGUUUUCAAUUGAAACUCCAGGAAAAAAAAAUGGGGAGUGAUGUCGUAAAGAAGAAGAACCUUAAGAAACUCCCUUUAAACCCUAAUUGGGCUCAGCUUCAACAGAAGCUGAAAAACCAGAGUUCCAAACCUAAUCUUCCGAGACCUUCGCUGGAUUCUAAUGGCAGUUCUUCACCUACAAUUUUAGGAAAACGUAAAGAACGCUCAAAUUCGGAGUCCGAUGAUGAACAACCCAAUAUUCUUGCACCUACUUCUUCUGAUUGCAGUUUAACAGAUGAGGUAGCCAUGGAUUGUGAAAUGGUUGGGGUUAGUCCUCAAGGAAAUAAAAGUGCACUAGGGCGAGUUACAUUGGUAAAUAAGUGGGGAAAUGUGAUAUAUGAUGAAUUUGUCCGGCCUAUCGAUCGUGUUGUUGACUUUCGAACUGAUAUCAGUGGAAUUCGACCCCGUGAUUUGAGGAAAGCAAAGGAUUUUUCUACUGCUCAAAAAAAGGUGGCAGAGCUGAUCAAAGGGAAGGUUCUUGUCGGCCAUGCUUUGCGAAAUGAUCUCAAGGCAUUGUUGCUAAGUCAUCCACGGAAAGAUAUGCGUGACACUUCAGAAUACCAGCCAUUUUUGAAAGAAAGUCAUAGAAAGGCACUUCGGCAUCUUGCUGCUGAGUUUCUCGGUGUGCAGAUACAGAACGGAGAGCAUUGUCCUGUUGAAGAUGCUCGUGCUGCAAUGCUGCUUUAUCAGAAACACAAAAAAGAGUGGGAGAGGAGUGUCAAAGAUCGGUCGAGGCUUGUGGAGAAGCAAAAGAAACGCAAAAACAGGAAAAAGUCAAACAACAAAGUAGCUGCAGAGUGAACAGAUUCUUCCAAAGAUAAGGCUCCAUCAAACAGUGAAGAAAGACAUGUGCCACCUGACAGCUUCACCAUUGGCUCCUUUUUGCACCUGACAGAUGAUCAAGAGAAGUGGUGACCCCAGAAAACUGAAAUUGGAAGCAGCACUAAUUUGUUUAUUUGGACGAACAGCUGUGAUUUGUUAGCCUAAAGAUGGUAUGCAUAAACUCUGAGCAAAAAACAAUGUAUCAAGUGGAGUUAAUUAUUCCCUUGGUCACUUAUAUCGCUUUGAUUCUGUGUAAUCUGGCCUGUUAUUUAAAUGGUGGGUCUGUAAAGUGGGCAUUUUUUUGUGAUUGCCUAUGUAAUAAUUUUAAGAAAGUAGGCAUUCUUAGUGACUGCCUAUGUUAUGAUUAUAAGAAAGUAGGCAUUCUUAGUGACUGCCUAUGUUAUGAUUAUAAGAAAGUAGGCAAUUUCUUUCCUGUCUCCUUGUUGUAGCUUACCCUUCAGUCCCUAUCUUGUGAUUUUAUACUUUUGCACUAUUCAUAAGUUGUAAUUUUAACA